AUGAAUCAUAUUAACACAAAAGCACAAGUCAUCGAAGCAUUCAAAGUUUUUGAUCGUGAUGGUAAUGGUUAUGUAACUGUUGAUUAUUUAAGAAAAGUUUUAAAUGAAUUAGGUGAUAUGAUGCCACCAGAAGAGAUUGAAGAAAUGAUUUAUGAAGCUGACCCACAAAAUUCAGGUUAUGUUCAAUAUGAAAGUUUUGUAUCUAUGUUGUUCCUUUGGGAUUAA